AUGGGGGUGCACGAAUGCCCUGCCUUGCUGCUUCAGCUGCCAUUGCUGCUGCUACUUCCGCUGAGCCUCCCAGUCCUGGGCUCCCCAGCGCGCCUCAUUUGUGACAGCCGAGUCCUGGAGAGAUACAUCCUUGAGGCCAUGGAGGCAGAAAAUGUCACGCUGGACUCUGCAGAAGACUACAGCCUGAGGGACAACAUCACCGUCCCAGACACUAAAGUCAACUUCUACGCCUGGAAUAAGAUGGAGGUUGGUCAGCAGGCCAUGGAAGUCUGGCAGGGGCUGGCCCUACUCUCAGACGCUAUCCUUCAGGGUCAAGCCCUAUUGGUCAACUCCUCUCAGCCCUCAGAGACCCUGAGGCUCCACAUGGACAAAGCCGUCAGUGGCUUACGCAGCCUCACCUCCUUGCUUCGGGUGCUGGGAACCCACAAGGAAGCCACUUCCAUUCCAGAUGCAGUCUCCGCUUCUCCACUCCGAAUAUACACCGUGGAUACUUUGUGCAAGCUUUUCCAAGUCUACUCCAAUUUCCUGCGGGGAAAGCUGAAGCUAUACACGGCACAGGCCUGCAGAAAAGGGGACAGGUGA